AUGUCAAUUGCCUUUCUGCAUGAUCAUUGCAAUAUCAUACACACCGAUAUCAAGCCACAGAAUAUCCUUGUUGAGACCCCUGAGAUCGAUGACAUGUUUGAAAACGCGCCUUCGGAUGUUCUUCUCCAGGACUGCCGCCCACUUAACCCAUCCCUAGAUUACUAUAUGGAGUCUGAGCCGGUUAUGUCCGCUCAUGAGGAUCUGGCAAGCACUAAUGAACUUUCUGUCAGGCUUGGAGACUUCGGUGUUGCGAGCUGGUUUAAUCGCCACCUUACUGAGUGGAUCCAGCCUGAAAAGCUACGAGCCCCUGAGGUCAUCUUGGGAGCCCCGUGGGCUCACAAGGUUGAUAUCUGGAACCUAGGCCUUGUUGCAACAGCGGCCGACGACUAUUCGGCAGAGGCUCACCUGGCCCAAAUGGUAUCCAUCUUUGGACCGCUCCCUAAAUCGCUACUUGAACAGUCUGAGCGCGGCUACGAAUAUUUUGAUGAAAAUGGGCUUAUGCGCGGAGAAAUUCGGUUUGGUUCAAGAUCAUUGCGGGAAAUUGGCGGCCUGACCGGGGCGCUGAGUGGGCAGGACGAGGAAUACUUCGUGGCGUUCAUCCAAAGCAUGCUGGCUUUGGAGCCAGACGAUCGUCCAGAAGCCCGGGAGCUUCUGAGCGCUCCCUGGCUCGUUGACCAUCACUCCAUGCCAUAA